AUGAAGAGAACAGGCUCCAGUAGCAUCGUUCAACGGCUAAUUUCCCACAACAGCCACACUUCGAGCCUCACCAAAACAACAAGACAAUAUUUUUGCUUAAGAAAUUGUGUUUUCAAGUCUGUUCUGUCCAACAAACCAAAUUUAAUUGUUCCGAACAACAAAUUAUUGUGUUGUCCAACAACAACCACAUUUGGCCAAAUACGUACUUACACCAUCGCAACUACAAAUACUUCAGCACCUUCAUCCUCCGAACCAAUCACUCUCAAUUUGAUGGAUUACGAGAGUUGGAACGCGCAACAAGUAGCUUCUGUAUUUACUGCUCCUAAAUCUUUGGGUGGUGCUGGUUUGUCGCUUGCCGAUGUGAAGCCUUUGUAUGUUGCUGAUUUUAAAGGCACAAAUCUCCACAACAUUGUUGGGGAUAUAAUGAAGAAGGAUGAAUACUUUGCUCUUGAUCAAUUCAAGAACACUUUAACAGACAGUGGUUUUCAAAUGACUUUUCAACUCUCCGACACUUGUCAAACUGUUGUAUUUUGGGUGCUCGAUCAAUUAAUGACCAGACAUUAUUCACUAUGGCAAUUGGAGCCAGUGAGCAAAAAAAUUAAACAAAAAUUGGGCGAACCAAUUGCAAAAGGAGGUGCUGAUUUGAGUCUUGAUCAAGUUUCUUCAUUAGAUAGCAAAACUCUCCAUAGCAUUGCAAAAGAUGUAGUCUCUUCCAAGCAAACCUCCGUCAUUAGAAAUCUUGACUUGAAUUUGGGCACAAUAGUUGUCCAGUGGGUCACACAAUUUCUACUACAAAACAAUAACAUUCAAAUUCAUUUACAGAAUAUGGACAUGUGGGUGCCACCCUUCCAUUAUUUCUCAAGCAGUGAAAGAGAAGUGUUGUUUAAGGCAGAUGAGAUUCUUAAAGGUAAAAUUGAUUUCUAUGCAAAACAGACGAACAUGCCGGAUACACACAAACGAUGGUACUUGUCGUUCUGUGAUUUAGUAAUGAAGGGCCAUGCUCAAGAUAAUAGAACUCCCUCCGAGAAAGAGAGUUACACUCUCGAUUUAAUAGCACUUGUUUCAAAUGCAAGAGAUAUUGUAUUCAGCAACGUAAAUACAGAAAGUAUAUUGAACAAAUCUAAGUUUGAGACAGUCAUGAAAAACAUGGUGAAUGAUCUUUUGGAGGGCUCUCAUGAAGACGCGUUGUUUAUGAGGAAAUUGCUUACUCCCUUUAACGAACGCUGCUCUUCCCAGUUUGUAAGAGAUGUUCUUGUUCCAAUUAACUCCGAGAAGAAGAUAACAAAAGAUUUGUUUCCCUUCAUCCCAAAAUUACAAGUAGAUCUGUUCAAUGAAGAUGAAAGAAAGACGUUGGACCAAAAAAUUCGUGAUGGCUCAACAAUUUGCAUAAUUGGACCCUCAGGUGUGGGUAAAACUGCUUUGCUUGCAAGAAGAUUAGGAGUCAAUCCAGGAAUCAUGAUAACAUGCUCAUCUCUGACUGAUCAAGAUCGGCUUACGGAGCGUGGAAUUGAUCAUGCUUCUGUUCUGUUGAGAGAAGUAUUUGUAGCGACAAUGAACCAAUCUAUUAUCAAGCUCUAUGGUACUGCUCUUCAACAAGUUCAAUGUAAUCUUAUUGCAAGAUUAUUGUGCCUUCAUACCGCAUUAACCAUAUGGGAAAAAACAGAUAACAAAAUACCAUUUGAAACUCCUCUUCAAAUGCUGUCCUACUCCCAAUGGAAUGUUAAUACAUACAUUACAGCAACCAUAUUCAAAAAAUUGUUAGAACGUCAAUGGCUUUCUGUACCUACUGAAAUAUUAAGAGAUUUCACAAUAUUUUUGAUCGAACAAUUAUAUUCACGGUUAAAGCUGGAUCUUGAGCAACCAUUUAUUAUUGCUCUUGACGAGGCAAAUCUUUUCUCCAACAUCCGUACUCCGAUGUUAUCUACAAAUGGUACACCCAGGGAUUUAUUGUCACUGAUUGCGUUCGAAAUUUCUCGACUUAGACAAAAGUCUUUUAUGAAAAUUAGUGUGAAAAUUAGUGAUAUUUAUUGUGGAACCAUGUUUACCACUGACAUUAUUGAUAUCAUUCAAUCCUCUAUUGGAAAAUUGGAGGACAUAGCUCGUGUUUACUCAUGCGUUGGUUUAGACUCCAUCACUUUUGAGCAAGCAUUACAAAUAUUAGACAAAAUGUAUGAUAUUGAAGGAAUUUUAAAAUUAUCCAAUACCUCCAAAACUGACCUUUAUCGCUCUGUUCAACACAUCUUCCCAACAAGAAGAAGAGUAGUUGGACUUGUUGCCUCUCAUUUAGAAAUAACAACGUCUCUCAAAAAAAGCUUCACUGACAAAUGGGAAGAGUUUGUGGGUCAGGUGGAAAAAAAUGUGUUGAAUAGGUUGAGUCAAAAAACGUCAAAAGACCGUCUUGAUGCUAAUUUUUUGUUGGACGUUGUGGUAACAAAUGAAUACGAUGCCUUUUUAGGGAAAUCAAUUAGUUGCGAUAGAGAAUUAGCUUCUUCAUUAAUAGGAACUGGUUUAGCAAAACCAAAUUUUGACUUUUGUUCCAACAGCAACAAGUAUCAUUUUGAUACCUCAGAUCCAAUUCUUAGGCAUGUUGCACGAAAAGUUUUAGAACAGAAAUAUCCAAACUCAAUUUCAAAAGUCAAUAAUUCAAUCUCAGUAUUGAAUUCUCUAUUAACUCUUCCUCAACAUGAUCCUAAGAAAUGGGAAAUGGUAUUUUCUCUUUUAUUACAGCACCAUAGUGGAAAGUUUAUUAAGGACAACUUGAUUCUUUCACCAUUAAUAUUAGGUGAAAAUUCUGACACAACAACAGAGAGAAAGAAAAGACCAUAUUCUCAAUUACUUGACCACAAAUUUGUGAUCAAGUCAUUUAUUCGAUCUAACGAUUUUUAUCGCAAAUAUUACACGUCAAAAUGGGCUCAAGAAGUCUUCAAAAAAGAGAACUCAAGUAACAAAAACAUUUUGGGAGAUGUGUUAUAUUUUCAUUGCUUGUUAAACUAUAACAAACAUAUGGAAGAGUAUGAGAGCUCUGCUAAUAAUAUCAGUACAUUUGCAGACAUAAUUGAUGGAUUAUAUUUUUAUCCCUCGGAAUAUUGUCAUGCUGAUGGUAUUUGUUUGAACUUUUCGGAGCAACCUUAUGGUAUUAUUGUGAGCAACAAAUUACAUAAUUGCCAGAGAGACAAAUUUUUAGAACAUGUUAAAAAAGGAGUCAAAUCUGUGAACGCGAAUAACUUUUACAAAGAAAAAUUUGGUACCAACCUUAUUGCAGGCUGUAGCUGGUGGACAACUGAGAAACAGGAGUUUAUAACCACGUUAACAAACAAUGAGAGACUAAUACCCCUCAUAGCGCACAUACACGUAAAAUAUAAACAAAUCACAACAAAGAAAGGUGUCGGUUUUACUGAAGAUUAUACUGAAAAAGGAAAAUAUUUAAUUAUGAACCCUGAUUCAAAUGGUUUAAGGUCACUCUGUCCUGAUUUGUUUCAACUUUUACGGAAGAAUCUAUUUGAGACUGCAACUAUUGAUAACUUGAACACGGAAGAUCUUGAAUGA